GUCCCUACCACCACGGGUGUGCUCCUGCUUGCGAGGUGUGACUGACAUCCAUGGCCCACCUGUACGGGCGGGUUGCUCUUGUGUUGGUGCUUCUGCUCGCCGCGGGUGCCGCCGGCGGGGAGGCGGCCACGCCGAGGCAACUGUUCCUGGUGACGCAGGCGCCGGUGACGCUGACGAAUCACCACGGGCAGCUGCUCACCGGGAACUACUCCGUCAACUUGCUCUGGUACGGCCGCUUCACCCCGGCGCAGCGCGCGACCGUGGCUGACUUCCUGCUGUCUCUAUCCUCGCCGCCGGCGCCGUCGUCUUCCCCUGCUGCUGCUGGCGGUGGUCCGGCGCCGCCGUCCGUCGCGUCGUGGUGGGCCACCACGGCCAGGUACCACCCUGGCGCCGCGCGUCUCUCCCUCGGCCGCCAGGUGCUCGACGGGUCUCUCUCCCUCGGUCGGCGGCUGUCGGAGACGUCCCUCGCCGCGCUCGCGGCGCGCCUCUCUCCGCACCGGGGCUCCAUCGCCGUCGUGAUAACGGCCCCCGACGUCCUCGUCGACGGCUUCUGCCUCUCCCACUGCGGCCUCCACGCGUCGGCCACCUCGGCCGCCGCCGCCGCCACGGCCCCGGCGCCGGCGCGAGCCGCCGCACGCGGGCGCGGCAGGUUCGCGUACGUGUGGGUCGGGAACGCGGCGGAGCAGUGCCCGGGGGAGUGCGCGUGGCCGUUCCACCAGCCGCCCUACGGGCCACAGGCUCCCCCAUUGGUGUCCCCGAACGCCGACGUGGGGAUGGACGGCAUCAUCAUCAACCUCGCCACGCUGCUGGCCGGCGCCGUGACGAACCCCUACGGCGGCGGCUACUUCCAGGGCCCCACCGAGGCGCCGCUGGAGGCAGUAACAGCCUGCACGGGGAUGUUCGGCGCCGGAGCCUACCCGGGGUACCCCGGCCAGGUGCCGGUGGACGCCGCCACGGGGGCCAGCUACAACGCCGUCGGGGUCGCCGGACGGCGGUUCCUGCUUCCGGCGAUGUGGGACCCCAAGACCUCGCAGUGCUCCACGCUCGUGUAGGACAACGCUCUGUUCCAUGACGUGAUGCGAUCGAUGGACCAAGAUGGUUUGGUUUGUGGGCUGGUGUACGGAUGGAUCGGGUUAGGGAAUAAUGGGUUGGUGUCUCGUUUUUCUUUUGGUUUUGUGGAUAUUUGUUGGUAAAAAAAAAUGAAAAAAAGCAGCACAAUGUAAUAAACGUAGGCUUUUGAUGUUCUGUAUAUAAUGGGUAAGGCACUGUUCGCUCCUCUUCAUGGCU